GAAAAGCACAUUUUGAUUUUUUCCUCAUUCACAUUCGGGUCAAAAUGAAGCACAGCCGUGUCAUGGAGCUACCGGAGGAUUUCUUUAUCCCCAUCCCCCUGGAUACGGACAACAUCACAUCUCUCAGCCCCUUCCUGGUCCCCCAGGACCAUCUAGCAAGCUCAGGCGUCUUCUAUGUAAUGGCUGUAUUCAUGCUUUUUAUAUUUGUUGUGGGCACUUUCAUCAAUACUCUUACGAUUGCAUGCACCAUGCAAAACAAGAAGCUCCGGUCCCACCUCAACUACAUCCUGGUGAACCUGGCCGUGUCAAACCUUCUUGUGUCCGGUGUGGGCUCCUUCACUGCCCUCUGCUCCUUUUCAAACAAAUAUUUCAUCAUGGGACCACUAGCAUGCAAGAUAGAAGGUUUCAUUGCAACACUUGGCGGUAUGGUAAGCCUGUGGUCUCUCUGUGUGAUUGCUUUUGAAAGAUGGCUGGUCAUCUGCAAGCCACUCGGCACCUUUAUUUUCAAGCCCGACCAUGCUCUAGGCUGCUGUGCAAUCACCUGGGUGUUGUCACUGCUUGCCUCAGCUCCCCCUCUGUUUGGAUGGAGCAGGUACAUCCCAGAAGGCCUGCAGUGCUCCUGUGGUCCAGACUGGUACACCGCCAACAACAAAUACAACAAUGAAUCCUACGUGAUGUAUCUCUUCAUCGCCCACUUUGCUCUUCCUCUCGCAGUCAUUGUCUUUUGCUACGCCCAGCUCCUCAUCACACUGAAAAUGGCAGCGAAGGCCCAGGCAGAGUCCGCCUCCACCCAGAAGGCGGAGCGGGAGGUGACCAGGAUGGUGGUCCUCAUGGUGGCGGGCUUCCUGGUGUGCUGGUUGCCUUAUGCCUCCUUUGCUAUUUGGGUGGUCAACAACCGUGGGCAGGUUUUUGACUUGAGGUUAGCUUCAUUACCGUCCAUCUUUUCCAAGUCCUCGGCAGUCUACAACCCGUUCAUUUAUGUCAUCCUCAACAAACAGUUCCGGUCAUGCAUGAUGAAGAUGAUGGGGAUGGGCGGAGCCGAUGAUGAAGAGUCGUCGACAUCGUCAGUGACUGAAGUCUCCAAAGUCGGGCCGGCUUAA